AUGGGGCCACCGAGCCCAGGUCAGACAAACCACUACUGGUCUGAGGUCAUACACGAACCGGAAGCAUUGUGGAAGCAGUUUUUGAGCUACUUCGAGCAGAGAAAAUGGCAUGACGGUCAAGACUUGAUGCAUAUUGGAAACGAUGUCCGAAGGUCCUUGGAGGAUAGUCCAUUCGGCGUUCAAGCAAUACAAAUUAUGGCAGACGCCGCAGGAUCUCAUCCCGAGCUGAGGCCUAAGUAUGAGGAGUUCGGCGUUUUAUACCAAUGUGCACAAGCAGCAUUCACCGAGGGAAAGAGCAAAGAUCUCACGAAGCAAUAUCUUCGUGUUGUUGGCAAUUCCCUAGAUGAGCAAACAGGAAAAUGUCGAAAAGUCGUUCUCAGCUACCUACCCAAACUGUCGAACUUCUUCCACAAUCCAGAUUUGGCCCCAAUAGCAAUCGGUCUUGCCAUGAAUCUUUGCGCUGAACCAGGCCCUGAAAGCGAAUAUGCUGUGGAGUUAGGUUUCGAUGCCAAAGUGGCAAGUGGGUUGUGGGCUGGACUAUUUCCGGAGAACAGUCCAGGAUGCGACAGAGCCAUCUCGUUCCUCGAGAACAUAUCAGACGACUUGCCAAGGAAUCUUAGUACUGUUGAACCGCUCAUCACCUUGAAUUAUUUGAUACAAGCCAUGACCAUCCUCAAAGACCUUACGGUGUAUGCGCGCUGUGCUGCAAUCACGGUCAAGUAUCUUGAGAACGAUACUGUCAGGAGAGCUAUUGCGAAUGACGCCCCUAUAUUCAAUUCUUGUAUGGAUGUUUUGGUCGACAACGAUAGGAGAGUACAGAAGCUCCUAGAUCUCCCGGAAGCAACACGCAGAGAAGUGGUCCAGGACAUUCAAGAGGAAUUGUUUGAUUUUGACGACGCUGCCGAAGAACAAGGUAAGGAGGUGAACUUGAAACUUGUACAGCAACUUGUGAGUACGGAAUCUCUUGGUAAAGCGCUCGUGCUUCUGUCUCAAGAAGAUACAUAUAAGUCAACAAUCGCAGAAGUUCUUCCUGAAUGUGAGCUCAUGAAGCUUGUGGAUGUUAUACGCUCAGAGACAAGCUCUGUUGCUGGGGUACACAUUAUGUGUGCAUGUCUUAUGCUUGCAAAUAUGGCAAGCAAUACUUCGCUCUCGGAACGAGCCGUGCAGGAGAUGGACGUACACCGCGCAGUACUAAAUAUCAUUACGCCUGCUACCGAUCGUAAUAUUCUGCGCGCCGCAGCUCAAUGUCUCUUCCGCCUAGCUGAAUCGAGUCUGAAUCGCCCAACCUUGGGUACAGCAGGCGUACUCGAGGCAUGUGCUUGCUUGCUAUACCUAAAGGACCCACGCAUAAGCCCCGAGGCAGCGUCCGUCAUCAAGCGACUUCUGACAGACACACCAGCCAAUAUUCCAAAAGUAUUUUCCGGAAUUUCAGAAACCAGUCGGCGACACAUCCGAGAAUGGCAAUGGAAAAGCGAUCUCACACAACCGCUGCCACCAACGCUCCUCGGUAUAAUCACGUCUAUCUACGCCUCCAACACCGACGUUGCAGACCUCGCAGUUGCAGUCGUGGAAGUUGUCAAGAUCGCAUGUAAACCUCAUUCUGAGGCUCUUACCAAUUCUUUUUUUGAUGUAGCAUUACAUGAGCCUGAAACAGUAACGUCCACGCUCCAUCCAUUGUUCAAGCUCGCGCAAAAUGACCCAAACAGCUACCCAUGUCGAAGAGGCUUGUUCGCACUGGGUUUGCUCACGCACCAUCAGCCAUCUGCUGAAUGUGUGAUGCGCUAUCUAGACUCUGAUGCCGACGCGCUGGAUAAUUUAGAGAGACUAGUUGGAGCUGCGAGUGCAAACAUAUCUGUAGACAAGGCUUCACAGAGUGAGAAAUCAACACAAGCGUUGAAAUCCACACUAAGCGUCAUACUGUUCGGACUGCAGACAAACGUUCCAGAGCACAAGAGACCUCCGGGAGUUCGAGAGCGCGUGAAUGAGAUGUUCAAUAAGGUCACGAAGUAG